UAUAUUGUGCACACCUUUUCCAUUUGCUAAUUAGGUCCUGCCUCUCUGGGACAGAAGACUCCCUGGCUGGCUGAUCAAGGGCAGCGUACUGACACCCGGACCGCCAUGAAGUUGCUCCAAGGGACCUUCCUCUUCCUUUCUUUGUGCAGCCUUUGCUAUAGUCAAGAAAGCCAGGUUUCUGGAAAUCCUUUGACGACAACUAUGCAGUCCAUAACCGUAGUUCCCAAAUCUCCAUCUCCAUCAAAUGAGAAAAUUCUAGAGAGUGUCCCAACUGCAAUGACCACACAGGGAAAACUGAAAACUACAGAGGCAACAAUAUCACCAACAUCAUCUUCAUCGAUAUACUUAACUUCAACAAACAAUGAAAUACUAAAAGAACUAUCGUCAACGCCUAUCAUUGCUACAAGCGCUUCACCUAGCUCAGCAGUGGCAAAAACAGUCUUCAUUUUUUUUACAGAUGAGACUUUAAAAAUGAUUACCACACCCCCCAUCAAGGGCCUGGGAAGCACCAAAGACUCUGGCACCACAAGCUCCCUUCUGACCAACUCCUCUUAUUCAAGUGUGAUUUUGCCAGUCGUUAUUGCUCUGAUAGUAAUAACACUCUCAGUAUUCAUUCUGGUAGGACUGUACCGAAUGUGUUGGAAGACAGACCCAGGUACACCAGACAAUGGAACUGACCAGCCCCAAUCAGAUAAAGAAAGUGUUAAACUUCUCACUGUCAAGACAAUUUCUCCUGAGACCAAAUUAAACAAUAUUCAGUUUUGCUGGGUGAGCAGUCUGCUCAAGGAAAAAAUAAAAACUGACAACCUGAUGAAUUCUCUCCACACUUCAGCCAAUAAAUAUGUAUGAAAAUGCAGAUUGCUUCAUGUGACAAGAGUUUCCCUUGAAGAACAAGUUUCAGCUAUGGACUGUUUAUUCUAAGGACUAUCAUAUCACAAGGCUGAUGAACCAACUGGCAACAUUUCCUCCUUUUCUCUUCUCAAGUUUAAGAUAUUUACAAUUAUUCAGCCUUCGAUACUUUUGUUUUCUCAGUGGCUUUUUAUUACCUAGUGUUCAUAUUUAUUUUUUCUUUUUAUGUUAAAGCAGGAACUCUUCCAAAUCUCUUUUUUUUCAAUGUCAUUGCCACUGUGUACAUACAAAUGUUUUAUUCAGUUUUCUCAUAUACCAGAAACAUAUUUUUCACAUAUCAGAAGUACAUAUAUGUCCCUUUUAUUGUGCUUUUAAUAAAUAAUGACUUUCUCAAGAAGCUUAAAGGCAAUGUGAGUAUAGAGUUGGCAAUAAUUUGUUUUCUCCACACAAAAAAAAAUGUGCAUUUCCCUCUUGAUAUCUUAACACCAUGAUAACCUACAGACCCUGGAGCUCAGUAGUAAAAAUUGUAUAGGACAUAAGAAAUAGCAAAAGAACCAAGGGCAAAACCAAAGCCAGGGAGUUGAAGACUCUUUAUGUAGCCUCUAUAGCAUUUCAUUUUUAAUUCCCACUAUGUGACUAGAAUUUGGCACCUCCAAGACUAUAUUCAUCAAAGAUAUAAGAGCAUAGAUUCAUAAUUAAUCCACUUAUAUUAUACACAUAUUUAGCUCUUUUAUAAAUUUAGGGAAAAAAAUUUCAUUGGCCAUUACUGAAUUCCCCUGAUUAUAGAAAAUGGCCGUUUCAUAAGUCCAAUGUUGAUCACUUGCCAGUAUACUGCUUGUGUUGGCAGAUAUCAGUCCAUUGGAAAUGAAAUCAUCUCUUGAGAAUUGCCUGAUCAAUUUUGAUCCCUUAGUACACAGACAGCUUCCCCCCUCCACAAAAAAAAAUCAGACUAAGUUUUGUGAGAUGCUCAGGUACUAAUGAGCAUGCUAUAAUUAGUACUUUAAUUUUUGUAAUUUCUUAUCCCGAUUUGUAUAUUCACUUAUCUGAGGGACCCAAGGUCAGUUUAUAUGAUGCAAACUUAUUGUUAAUUUUUUCUUCCUUUCAAUGACAGUGCACUUGAAGAGAUUUACCUCUGAAGAUUUCAAUAAAUGAUCAUAUUUGUUUCA